GUAUGUUUACACAUACAAAGAAUUUGUUUUCGUGACAGACGCUUCCACAGUGCAACAGAAUGACAGUGACAGAACAAAUAACAGAUAAUAAAAAGAAGAAUUAAAAAAUAGAACAAGUAAAUAAGGAAUAAAAAUAUACAAAUUGACAAUUGUAUGUAGGCAGGUAUAUAACAAUAGACAGUUGUAUGUACAGGUAUGUGCAAAUUGAAAUGUAGACGAAGUAUGUGUGUUAGCUAAAUAAGUGUAUCAAUAGUGUGUGUUCCACAGUUAUUGUCAGGUAUUCAUGAGAUGGAUUGCCUGGGGGCAAUUAAAAGGCAGUUACUGUCCUUACCUUUUUAUCAGCAAGUAAGCUGUUAUGAGUAAAAUAACACUAAACCAAUUUGUAAUGAAUUAACACUAAAUACUUGUCACAUGUAAAAAAAACUAGCAUUGUUUUUUUCACAUCUAUUGGUAAGAGGAUACAUCCUAUUGUUUCAUCUUAUACAGUGCGUACUUUAUUAUUGUAAUCUCUCAGUAGUCGUUAUCAACAUUAUGAACAACAAAUGCGCACUUUUCAAUCCCAAAUAUGGGCUGGAAAUGUAACUAGUUCCGCCCCUCCGAACCGUUACGUCCUCUGAAAUAAGAAAACUGCACAGUCCGAGGACAACUCCCAGCCUGGAAACUUCGGGGCGAGCAGGAAAAAGACAUUACCAGACAUAUUUCUCAGAUAUAAACCCUUUUCCUUUCAUCGGGAAGUCAUACUAAUUUGAUUUGUUAUUUAUUUAUUUGUUUCUGAUCAUUUUUAUUUUGAUCCUGAUCAUUUUUUAUUGUUACCAUUUUUCAUUUAUAUAUAUAUAUAUAUAUAUAUUUUUUUUUUUUUUUUUUAGCUGAUGGACGAUUUAGAUGCCCUUCUUGCUGAUCUGGAAAAUUCAGCCUUUCCUCUGGGUCGCUAUCCUGUUCUGCUCACCUCUGACCCUCCAGUAAAUUCUGAUCCCUCAUCCAGUACUCAGGAUCCUGCCCAGAACCGGCCACUCCCUCCAGCAUACACCCCGCAACAAACUGUUUCUGCUGCGAUGAAGUCGAACUGCUCUCAGAACUCUAACCAAGACAAACUUUACAGUACUGUAUGUAAACCGCGCUUCCCGCGUACGGCAGACCUUCCUCCUGCUUUCUCUUCUUCCUCAGUUUUGGGAGGCGGGCUGAGUGAGCUUGAUCACUUACUACAGGAGCUUAAUGCCACACAGUUCAACAUCACAGAUGAGAUUUUGUCUCAGUUCCCCAGCACCAAAAAAGAUGAUAAAUCUUCAAAGUCUGGUCCAUCCUCUACUGGCUCAGAAAAACCUUCAGCUACAUCUGCUACUUUAGAGCUGGACAAACUAAUGGCAUCUCUAUCAGACUUCAGAGUCCAAAGCACACCAUCAGCUCCUGUGAGUCCUGUAGCACCCUCACCACAGCAAACAGCUUCCCCACCCCCUGCAUCCUCUGGUGGCUCAUUGGACAGCAUGUUGGGUCUUCUCCAAUCAGAUCUAAGCAGGCAGGGAGUGCCUACCUCUUCUAAGGGAAACUGUUCUGCCUGUCAGAAACCAGUUGUAGGACAGGUUGUAACAGCUCUUGGACGGGUUUGGCAUCCAGAGCACUUUGUUUGCUCUGAGUGUGAGUGUGAGCUUGGCAAUUGUAAUUUCUUUGAGAAAGAUGGUCGACCAUACUGUGAGCCUGACUACUUCACCCUGUACUCACCUCACUGCGCACAAUGCAACAAGCCCAUACUCAAUAAAAUGGUGACUGCGCUGGAUAAAAACUGGCAUCCAGAAUGCUUUAGCUGUGUGAAAUGCAGCUCAACAUUUGGAGAUGAAGGUUUUCAUGACCGUGAGGGGAAGCAGUACUGCCAGAAGUGUUUUCUGGCCCUCUUUGCCUCUCGUUGUCAAGGUUGUUCCCAACCCAUCAUGAAGAAUUACAUCUCAGCUCUAAGUGUUCUGUGGCAUCCACAAUGCUUUGUUUGUAGAGAAUGCUAUAGCCCAUUUGUGAACGGGAGUUUCUUUGAGCAUGAGGGGCAACCCUUGUGUGAAGCUCACUACCACCAGUCCCGGGGAACUGUGUGCCAGGCAUGCCAGCAGCCCAUCCUUGGGCGCUGUGUCACCGCAAUGGGUGCCAAGUUUCAUCCACAACAUCUGGUGUGCCACUUCUGCCUGAAACCCCUCAGCAAAGGCUGCUUCAAAGAGCAGGACAACAAACCAUACUGCCACCCCUGCUUCAUCAAACUCUUUGGCUAAGGAGAGUGAGGAAAGAUGAUAAAGCAGAUUACUCAGCUGCCAUCCAGCCUUUCAAAAAAAAAAAAAAAAAAAACCUUGCCAAAUAUACAUUGUAUGGACACACCAU